CAAGAACAGCGAGGAGUGAGUGUUCCCUUUCAACUCUGACCACAGCUGUUGCUGCAGAGGGCGCCUGCUAGUUUGGGCGAGAAGAGGGGAUCGAUGGAGCGUUUCGGCGUGCUGGGCACGCGGCUGGGCCUGGACACCGGCGGCGGGGGAGAAUUGCCGCCGGGGUUCCGGUUCCACCCGACGGACGAGGAGCUCAUCACCUACUACCUCCUCCGCAAGGCCGUGGACGGCAGCUUCUGCGGCCGCGCCAUCGCCGAGAUCGACCUCAACAAGUGCGAGCCAUGGGAGCUCCCGGACAAGGCUAAGAUGGGGGAGAAGGAGUGGUACUUCUACAGCCUCCGCGACCGCAAGUACCCGACGGGCCUGCGCACCAACCGCGCCACGGUGGCCGGCUACUGGAAGGCCACCGGCAAGGACCGCGAGAUCCGCAGCGGCCGCACCGGCGCGCUGGUGGGCAUGAAGAAGACGCUCGUCUUCUACCGCGGGCGAGCCCCCAAGGGCCAGAAGACGCACUGGGUCAUGCACGAAUACCGCCUCGAGGGCACCUACGCCUAUCAGUACCUCCAAAACUCCACGAGGGACGAGUGGGUGAUCGCGAGGGUGUUCCAGAAGCCCGGCGAGGUCCCGCCGUCCCGCAAGCAACGCCUCGGCCUCAGCAGCGCCGGCGGCGAGUCCUGCUUCUCCGACUCCACCUCCGCCUCCAUCGGCGGCGGCGGCGGCGGCGCGUCCGCGUCGUCCGCGCCGCGCCCGCUCCUGACGGACGCCUCCUCGCUGUUCGCGGCGGCCGCCGACAGCGGUUCCUACUGCGGCGCUGCCAGCGCCAACGGCAACAACGUGGUCACCGGCCGUGAGCUCGUGCCCUGCUUCUCCACUACCACCGGCCCCCAGGAUGCCCCCCUCGGCAUCGGGCUGCCGUACAACCCGGCCCCGCUGGCCUUCGAGCCGCCGCCGCCGCCGGCCUUCUUCCCGAACCUGCUCUCCCUGCAGGACAACCUCCAGCUGCCGCUGGUCCUCUCCGGCGGCCUGUCCGCGGGCGCCUCGACGCUGGGCCCGCUGGGCGGCGGGGGCCUCCACUGGCCCGCCGGCAUGGAGGUGAAGGUCGAGGGCCGCGCGGCGCCGCGGAUGGCCGUCGGCCCCGGCCAGCUCGACGGCGGCUUCGGCUGGGGCUUCUAGCUGCACACACCACCACCAAUUGGGCCACCACUAAAUGGAUGCCCUGUGGUUGUGUAAUCAAGUAUCCUAGCGAACGAUCAAGUAAUCGUGCUGUGCUCGUGUUAAGAACCUAAUUAGCUGCUAUGUGGUAUCGUUAUUCUGAUGUAACUGUGUUUAUCCUCUCGUGGUCUCUAACUGCAGUAGCAGGAUGUGACUGACCAUGGAUUAGUAAGAUUAAUCAGUCAGUAGGUAAGUGAGGUCAAGUCUUCUAGCUAGCUUUAUUGAUGUGCACUAGUGUGAUCGGACUAGUUAAUGUCCGUGCUGUACGGACCUGUGGGAUUUGACGUGUUGCUCCUGUAGAAUCCAUGA